AUGGCAUCUGAUUCGCAAUUCGUCAAUCAUUAUGCCGUGCUAGGUGUCGAGGCGAAUGCGACUCUGCAUGAGUUGAACAAGGCCUGGAAACAGUUCGCUCUCAGAAAUCAUCCGGACAAAAGUGAAAGCUCACAGGCCACUGCUGAAUUCCAGAAGGGACUGAGGGCUAUUGAGACGCUUCGGAGCCCUACUCUGCGCCGCAAAUUUGACUCCGAGUUGGAGAAAAGAAUGCCAAGCGCAGCCAGGAAGACGGGCCAGAACAGUGGUACUGCUCAGUACUCUGCUUUCUCUCACACUUCCCGCACUGAGGCUCGCUGCCGUGGCGGUGGUCGUACAGAUCAUGUGGCGAGCGUUCUUGAGAAGGUCCGACGGGUAGAAGAGCUUCGUCUCCAGCAACAGGCUGAGGAUGCUCGAUACCGGGAAAUGAUGAUGAAAGUUGACGAGGAACGACGCCUUCGGCAGGACGCUAUGCUUAGACGUGCUGCUCAUGCCAUGGACUUCAAUAAGUAUCCCACUCAUCCUCGUUCAACCGGGAACAACUUUUUCGCAGCGAAGCAGCAUAACACGUCUAAGUCUGAAGCAAGUUCAAGUCGAUUCACAAAUGCUCAAGCUCACUCUUCUGGUCGUGAGUUUUCAAAGAAUUCGUCCGGCAGGAACAGCACUGCGUCUUCGAAGGGAGCCAAGCCUCGGCAUGCAUCAGCUGAGUUUGACGAAGUGGUGCCCCGUGGUUCUCGCUCCUCAGGGUCUGCCGAUCCAAGCAUCGACCAAAACGAACAACUGAGCCCAAUUGACAGUGGAAAGCUUCUAGAGCGAUUCUACUCGUGGCAAAGUCACAGACCACAAUUCGUCCGUUCACAUCAUGCAAGCGUCAAGCUCAAUGUCAGUGCGCGUCAAUACACUGAUGCUUUGCUACCUAACGAGGCCGUGAUGGCCCAGACCACCGGCCGUUCGACAGCUUGUACAGCUUGUACAGCUUCUUGUACAGAGCCUCCCAAUGCUGCGUGUUUAGGCACAGCUAACACACAUGACAAGCCCAGGUCAGUGGAGGCCAUGAUGGUACCCACCGACGAAGUCUGUUCUCGUGCUCAGCUCUCCUCCAAUACUCGAUGGCCCCCCAGCUUCCUUGUGCAAUUCUUCAAGUCAAAGCUCGCUGAUCCAGAUGGACAUUACACAGAAAAAGACUUGAGUGAGGAACUCAGAGGGCUGGUUCUGGAUGCUGUCUACCACUGUUCGAAGACCGCCCGCCUCUAUCCUGCACUUGAGAAAUCAAGCCAGGGAUGUGGCGACUCUCGUCACAUUUGCACCGAGGCAUGGGACAAAGAGGCUGCAAAGUCGUCCGGUGUGUUCGAUGUCAAUAGUCGUAUCUCGCACAAUCUCACAAGACUUUUGACCGAUGCUACUGUCUGGGGAGAUACCACUCGGGUGAUAUUGACAGCAUGA